CAGAACAUGACGGAAUUCUGCUUGUUGCAAAAAGUUCGUGGCAAUCAUAACUGCAAUACUCGCGUGGUUAUUUUUUCCCAUGAAAAUGGCCCGCACAUUACGCAUUUUAUCUUUCACUCUCGCUUGUCUGGUCUUUCUUGGUUUGGUGGCAGUGUCUAGGAGUCGUGGUUCUAGCAAUGGAGAUGUCUGUAAGUCUUCUGACAGUCACUGCUUUGUGGACAAGUUCUCUACGUUGCGCCUUUCAAGAGUUGAACCCAUAAAGGUUGGUCAUGUCCGUAAUGUCGAGCUAGAGCCUGGAAAACAUUACCAGAUGAAAACACUUGCACUUCAACCGCCGAUUUAUGAAAUACCAGAUUUUCUAUCUGCGGAAGAAUGUGAUCAUAUCAUAUCUUUGGCUGAAAAGCAAGGGCUUAAAAACUCCUCGACAGUGGGCGACAGUUUGGAGAAAGACAUCGAAAGCUUGGGAAGUAAUUCCAAGGAGGAGUUCGUGUACUGGGACAUGGAUAACAGCAGCAUGAUCGAUUUGGACGAGAUGCUGAAAGGACUAGAACUGAACGUUGAUUUCAUACCUGAGAGAAACCAUGUUCUCCAGAUGUAUUCUGAGACUGGUAUCGAUAAAAAUAACGAUGGAUUGAUAAGCCUCGAAGAGUUCCUGCACCGGAACAAAACAGAAAUCGCGAUAUUUGUACGACGUGUCAAGACUGUACUGCCGCACACUCGCAGCCGGUACAGCAGUCAGGCCUGGCUAGACAACACAGGGGACCCAAUCAUGAAUAAUAUACAAAGAAGGGUACAAAAGUUGACACAAUUACCAAUGGAGCUGAUACAGGCGAGCGAGUACCUACAGGUCGUUAGCUAUAGUCAUAAUGGUCAUUACAACUGUCACCUGGACUCCGACUUCCCACAGAGAGACAAAGAAUGCUGUCACAUCCUCAAUACGGACAAAAGCAACUGCAGAAUAUGCAGAUAUCUGACUGUGUUGUAUUUCCUCAAUGACGUGGAAGAGGGUGGUGAAACUGCAUUUCCAGUUGCCGAUAACACAACCUUUGACGAAAAGGUUUGGAUCCGAGAUGAGGAAAGCUUGUGUAACUUGGCCAAGAAUUGUCACAAAGCAAACGUGGUAGCUAAACCAAUCAAAGGCAAAGCGAUCAUGUGGUACAAUCACUUGACUGAUGAGCGUACCCAAUGGAUGGGUGGACUGGAUCAUCUUUCUUUUCAUGGCGGAUGUGACGUCAUCAAAGGCCGUAAAUGGAUUGCGAAUAACUGGAUAAGUGUUAGUAACAACCGGAAACAGGAUAUCUGGAACUGGAUUGACCUGGCUCCGGAAGAAUCAGUCCAGCAGAUUAAAACGGGGGAAGACCAAAGUAGACCAUGGAAGAAUGAGGAACUCUAGCUUUUACUUUUGAUAAUGGUCAAGUAUGAGGCUAUUUCGUGUGUUCCGUGACGAUAAAAUCUAUAUUCUAGGGUUAAAAUUGUACAUUUUUAAAGUAAAUUAUGCUUUUCACCUUU